AUGCCACUGGUGGACGAUGGCUUCGAGGCCCUCUUGGAGCCCUUCUACAAUGGCAAGAAGCUCACGGAUCCCGUAAAUACCAGGGACGACAAGUUCCAGCUUCUCCCUGCCUUUCUCAAAGUAAAGGGGCUUGUAAAACAGCAUAUUGACUCGUACAACUUCUUCGUGGAGCAGGAGAUCAAGGACAUCGUCCGCGCCAAUCGCACCAUUCGCAGCGAUGUCGACAGUAACUUUUGGUUAGAAUUUACAGAUAUUCGCGUCGAUCGCCCCCGUCGCCAGGACCACAACGACGCCAAAUCUCGAACCGAGGUAACUCCCAUGGAGUGUCGGCUACGAGACAUGACGUAUGCCGCUCCUAUUGUUGUCGAUAUCGCAUAUAUUCGAGAUAAGCAACGAAUUAUACGGAGAAAUGUGCCCCUUGGUCGCAUGCCUGUGAUGCUCAAAAGCUCCAGGUGCCGCCUGAGUGGCGCCAACAACGCGCAGAUGGAGGCAAUGAACGAGUGCCCUCUUGAUCCUGGCGGCUACUUCGUCAUCAACGGCACCGAAAAGGUCAUUUUGAUUCAAGAGCAGCUGAGCAAAAAUCGAGUCAUUGUUGAGGCUGACGAAAAGAACAACAUCAUAUCCGCAUCGGUAACCAGCUCAACCCACGAACGAAAGUCAAAGACGUACGUUACCCUCAAGAAGGACAGGAUUGUCAUGACGCACAACGUUCUCGUUGAAGGUAUUCCGAUUGUCAUUAUUCUCAAGGCCUUGGGGGGGUUGUCCGACUAUGAAAUUAUGCAACUUGUUGCUGGCUCGGAUGGCCGGUAUCAGGAUGAGUUUGUCAUCAAUUUUGACGAGGCAACCAGAGCUGGAGUCUUCACACAACACCAGGCUCUCGAAUACAUCGGCGCAAGGGUAAAGAUGGGGUCGCGUAAAGCCAUGUUCGGACCCCAGGUCCGUCGGAAUAACGUCGAAGAAGGUCUUGAUGCCUUGGCCAAUCUCAUCAUUGCUCAUGUUCCUAUCGAGGGUCUGGACUUUUAUCCCAAAGCAAUUUACGUGGCUAUGAUGACGCGACGAGUCUUGAUGGCUUCACAGGAUUCCAAGCUCGUUGACGACAGAGACUUUGUCGGCAACAAGCGAUUGGAGUUGGCGGGUCAGCUCCUGUCUCUACUCUUUGAAGAUUUAUUCAAGCGAUUCAUGGGCGAAGUCAAGAUGUCCAUUGACAAAUUCCUGAAAAAGAAUAAUCGCGCUGUCCCCCUCGAUGCAGUUCACAUGAUCAGCAACCACGCCAACAAUAUCGGAAUGGGAAUUAACCGCGCAAUCCAAACAGGCAACUGGAGCGUGAAGCGAUUCAACAUGAACAGAGCCGGUGUCACGCACGUGCUGAGUCGACUGAGUUAUAUCAGUGCCCUGGGUAUGAUGACGCGAAUCAGCUCCCAGUUCGAGAAGACGCGCAAGGUUUCUGGCCCUCGUGCUCUUCAGCCAUCACAAUGGGGUAUGCUGUGCCCUUCAGAUACCCCCGAAGGUGAAGCAUGUGGUUUGGUCAAGAAUUUGGCUCUCAUGACACACAUCACAACCAAUGUCGACGAGGCUCCGGUGAAGCGGUGGAUCUUCACACUCGACACAGGCGUUGAGCCUAUCCGGAACUUUUCAGGUGCCGAGAUGCACCGGGAGGGCUCCUGGGUUAUUCACGUGAACGGUACACCUUUUGCCCUUACUCGAUACCCCAAGAGGUUUGCCUCGAGAUUUCGCACCAUGCGUCGAAAAGGCUGGAUAUCACCGUUCGUCAGCAUCAACCUUAACUCCCAUUUUAAUGCUGUCCACAUUGCGACAGACGAAGGGCGCAUCUGCCGACCAUAUAUUAUUGUCAAGAACGGAAAGCAAAAGCUCAGGCAUGAGCAUCUGAAGUUGUUGCAUUUAGGCAAAGUUACCUUUGAUGACUUUUUGACAAAGGGCAUCGUCGAGUACCUGGAUGUCAACGAGGAACAAGACGCGCUUAUCACCUUAUAUGAAAAUCAAAUAACGCAAAGCACGACCCAUUUGGAGAUUGAGCCAUUCACCCUCCUUGGAGCUGUGGCCGGUUUGAUUCCAUUCCCACAUCAUAACCAAUCUCCCAGAAACACAUACCAAUGUGCCAUGGGUAAGCAAGCUAUUGGAGCAAUUGCGUACAAUCAAUUCAACCGCAUUGAUACGCUGCUUUAUACCUUGGUUUAUCCACAGCGGCCCAUGGUCAUUACCAAGACCAUUCAGCUUGUGCAUUAUGACAAACUCCCCGCUGGUCAGAAUGCCACAGUCGUUGUCAUGUCGUACUCUGGAUACGAUAUUGAAGAUGCCCUGGUUUUAAACAAGGCUUCAAUCGACAGGGGAUUCGGACGCUGUCAGGUCUUCCGCAAGUACACUACAGAGCUGCAGAAGUACCCGAAUGGCAGGCGGGAGCGUAUCGGCGAUCCAGUCAAUCAGGUGAAUGGCGGCACGACACGCCGCGAGGUGAAGUACGAGGCUCUGGACGAUGACGGGCUAGCCACUGUUGGCUACCGAGUCAGGAGCGGAGAGGUCAUGGUCAAGAAAGAAACUCCCCUGGAUCUGACGACGACAGGCAUUGGGCUCGAUCGCGGACCAAGCGAGUACCGGGACUCUGCCAUCUCCUAUCGAAUUCCCGAUCCUGCCUACAUUGACAAGGUUAUGAUUUCUCAAACAGAGAAGGAUACCACUGUCAUCAAGGUGCAAACCCGCCAAACGCGUCGUCCAGAGCUAGGAGACAAAUUUUCGUCUCGCCACGGCCAAAAGGGUGUCGUUGGUAUUAUCGUGGACCAGGAAGAUAUGCCAUUUGCCGACAAUGGGCUUUGCCCAGACAUCAUUAUGAACCCUCACGGUUUCCCGUCUCGAAUGACGGUGGGUAAACUGCUGGAAUGUUUAACAGGCAAGGCUUCGAUUAUCGAUGGCCGGCCAGACUACGGCUUCGGCGAUGCAUUUAGAUCGCAUCCAGUCAAGGACAUGAGCCAGGUGCUCCUCGACUACGGCUUCUCCUGGGAGGGCAAAGAUUACUUCACGUCAGGUCUGACGGGGGAGCCGCUGGAAGCAUAUAUUUUCAACGGCCCCAUCUAUUAUCAGCGUUUGAAGCACAUGGUACAAGACAAGAUGCACUCGCGAUCCCGCGGGCCCAGGGCCAUUUUGACGAGGCAGCCUACAGAAGGUCGAUCGCGGGACGGUGGACUGCGUCUCGGAGAAAUGGAGCGUGAUUGCCUGAUUGCAUAUGGCGCCUCGCAGCUCCUACUGGAGCGUCUCAUGUUAAGCUCGGACGGUGUCACACUUGAUAUUUGCCAGCAGUGCGGUCUUUUUGGAUACAAGGGCUACUGUAAUACUUGUAAGAGCACGAGGCAAGUCACGCAGAUGCAGAUGCCGUACGCGGCGAAGCUUCUUGUUCAGGAGUUGAUUAGCAUGAAUGUCGGUGUGCGUCUUCAGCUGGAAGAUGAGUUUCCCCAUCCUGAUUGA